UCAUGAUGAAUUUUGAAAAAAAGCACGAUUCCUAAAAUAAGUUAACAUUUACUACGAACUACAAUUUGACGUAGUCGUUGUUACUAUGAUUUUUAAUGUUUUGAAUACAAGAAAAUAACAGUUUAAAAUAUUCCAACUACGAGGUAUUAUUCAAAAUAUCAUAACUAUAGUGCAUUCCACUUUUUGACUGUAUUUUUAGUAAAAACAAACAAAUAUAGAAACUUUUUGCGUUUCUCUGGGACUAUAGUUAUAAUGAAUAUAAGUGUUAUUUUUCUCAGAACUGUUAAUCACCUCUUGAAUAAUGUUUCUAUCCCCAUUCGAUACAAAAAUAUUUCCAUUCUGAUUUUCCUGAUGAACCACAUUGUAGUUAAUACACAUGUAUUUUUUUCUAUUUAGAAGCCCCAAGCAUAACUCGGAGACAAAUUAGAAUUGAUGAAAAAGAGGUCGUACUCGAGUACGAAGCGUAUGUAUCUGAAGAUUGUAAACCAUUGACAUCCAUGAGUUGGAAAAUAAAUGAACAUGAUCUUAUAUUGUCCGACGAGUCUGAAAAUUAUUCUGGUGGAACAAUGGAUGAUUCCUGUCUAAGAAUUCGUUCCAUCAAAGACGAUAAUUUAGGCACAUACGAAUGCACUGUUCGAAAUAUGUUUGGUGAAAUGACAAUUCACUACAUCUUAGAUGAAAUACAGUGCAGCUCGAAGGCAUGUCAAAGUUUCCUGCUCUGCUGUUUGCUUCUAAAUAAGUGUAGAGCUCGUAGAAACGAACCAGAUGAGUGGGAAGAAAAGCUUAAAUUGUGCUGGAAAUUUUGCUGUGCAGAUGACGAAAAAGAUAUUACAGAACGCGUGUUUGCCGCAAUUUCAAAUGGAAAAUUAAAGGAUCAUAUUUAUUGUAAAAACAAUGAGUAUGGUUUACAGUCCCCUGAUAAAAUAUUUAAACGUUUUCUACAGAUGAAUGGUUUUGUAGAUUUUUAUCUUCAGCACGCUUGUUCACAAAACAUAGGAAUUUAUUGUCGAUCGCCAGAAUACAGCAAUGAUCAAGAUGAAACCUGCUGCAUCGUCAGUCUUGAGCAAUUCAGGGUUGUUGUACAGCGACUCAAGUUUGAUAUCCUGACUCAUUUUACAAUUAAGGACAAAGCGUUUUAUCCAAUCAUUGAAGAAGUUUUGAAUAUUCCACAGGGGAUUGUAGGCUUAGGAAGCAAGGGUAUAUCCAAAUAUCUUGAAGAUCUUUCUAAAGGUGAUCAUAAGGUAUAUGUUGCUAGAGGAAUGCUGGUUGGGUGUGAGGGGGCAGGAAAAACGAGCCUUCUGUGCAGGCUUACUGGAAAAGAUAACCCGUAUCCUUCAUCAACAAGAGGAAUAGAUGUCCAUGCUAAUGUAUUCACUGUACACGGAGAAAAACUUGAAGUGACAACCAAUCCAAAUAAAGCAACCCUCCGUUCAAAUUUAAGUCAAGAAGAUCGACCUGAAGAUAAAAAUAAUGCCGAAAGCGAUGAUGCAAAUCAGCUAUCUGUUAAAAGUUUCGAGAACAAAAAUAUAGAAGGAGAUAAAUUUUCGACAAAAAUACUUCAAACCUUAGCAGAAAAAAAUGAUCAACAGGUUGCAGAGAUAACAAAUCAAAUAGAAGUUAUUGGGAAUGAGAAUUCUAGCGAAAAUGUUUACAUGGAUGUAACAGACGAAGACAAGAUACUGACCGAUGAUUCACCAUCAGUGGACUCCAAUGUCACAACUUCUGAUGAAAUCAAUAUCGUCCGAAAAUAUUCCUUCUCUCGAACAUUGUCAGAGUCUUUUGAAAACGCAAAUAACAAAAUAGUUACAAUCUUUGACUUUGCUGGACAGUUUGCAUAUUAUGCCUGCCAUCACCUUUAUUUUUCUCCUAAUGAUUUCUACAUUUUAGUAAUGGACAUUACAAAGAGAUUGGAUGCUAGAGUAAGUACAGCCGAAACAGGUGCAAUUCUCCAUCUUGGUGGAUCACCUGAAUAUAUGAGUGAUGGACGGUCUAAGAUGGAAGGAUCUAUGUUUUACAAUUGGACCUAUUUAGAGUAUAUAAAAUAUUGGCUUCAGUCCAUUUUAUCACAUUCUGCUGGAGUACCUGCUGCAAUGAAAGAAGACAACAAACUUUCUACACUGGCACCUCUGAUUCUUGUAGCUACUCAUGCAGAAGAAAAAACUGAAAAGGAAGUUGAAGCAUAUUUUCAGGAUCUCAGGGACAAAUUUCCGAAAAUGAGUGUCCACAUCGAUUAUAACAAUGCAUUUUGCACUAGUUAUUAUGGUCAAAAUAAAGAUCUCGAAGAAAUUCGGCAUGGGAUAGUAAGAGUUGUUCAGACACUACCGAACUGGGGAACACGGAUUCCUUUGUCAUGGUUCAAUGUAGAAAAUUUAGUAAGGACGCUCUCAAGUUUGAAGAUAAUCAAGACAGAUGAAUUAUUAAUAAAUUGUAGAACAAAUACGGUUGGAAUUGAAAGGAAAGAUGAUCUUAAAACACCGCUUCUCUUUCUGCACAAUAUAGGGGUCGUUCUAUUCUUUGACGAAGAGAAUCUCAGAGAUUUUGUCAUUAUAGAUGUACAGUGGUUUGUUCACGCAUUCAAAAAUGUUAUCACGGAUGAAAAUCAUGCUAAACGGGAUAUACCACAGGACUUGUACGAGAAAUGGAAGAUGUUCAAUAACAAUGGACUUUUGACCAGCUCCCUAUUGUCUUCAAUUUGGAGGAAGUGUGAACAAAAUGAUGAAUACAAUGCAAAGAAAACUGAAAUAAUUUCUAUGAUGAUAAAACUAAAUGUUUUGACAGAGAUAACCACAUCAACAAGUACAACAAUGCCCGACAUGUGGUACUGUCCAUGUAUGAACAAGCAAAGAUUCCCAACAUCAGAAUUUCAAAACUUAAGGAAUUCUUCUCUUCUUUGUUUCAUGUUCAAUUUCCUACCAAAUGGUUUUUUUCAUCGCUUAAUAGCUGCUUGUGGCAACAUAUUGAAAUGGCCAAUUUUAAAAAUGAAAAGCCUAUGUAUAUACCAAACAGCGACAGUUUUCCAUAUUGAAAAAAGCAAAGUUCUAAUAGGCAUGCACAGUAACAAUAUGAUACUUAUCCAAUACCUCGAUCUUCCAGAUUCAGAAAGCGCUGAUUAUUUAGGUAUUCGUGGGAAAGUUACAAAUUUAAUUGAAGGGCUGAUAGAAAAGUUGGUUAACUGCGUAUAUGAGGUAGGAUACAUGUGCGAGAAAAGAGUUUUUGGAAAAUCAAAUAUCUCUCUCACCCAUUUUAUAGCAGAGUCCGAUAUGAAAGAGGAAGUUAUCAACUGUUCUUACUGUGGAUUUAGCCGGAAAGUGUCAGUGAAAGAUAUUAUUUGGACUGAAAAACAGAAGAAUUUAACUGACACUGAAAAGGAGAAUAUGGUAAAAGAAGAUGACACGGAAAUAGCAGUUUCUGAGGAGGAAAGAGAUAUGAUUAAAGCCUUCGACGCCUUACUACAAGAAGCAGAGGAGUUGGAGGAAUACGAACGGCGGAAGGAAGCUUUUCCUUUGGCUGAGGAUGAUAAUGCCCAAGACUGGUCACCAGAUCCAGAAUUUGAGUAUGACAACGCGGACUAUCCACGGGAGUCAUCAAGUGAAAUCUACCUUGAUGAAGAGGCAGAACCAUACUACGAAAAUUUCCUCAAACAACUACCAUCUCCCAUAGAAUAGUAGAACUUUUGACACUUUAAUAUUAAGUGAAACGACCCAUAAGAAAGUGUGAAAAACAUAUAACGAAACUUUGCUAUCAUUUUCAUUGGUUCUCUAAUUAAUCAAGUUUAUACUCAGUGGUGCACAGAUGUAAAUAAAGCGAUGAAAAAAAAAUACUUGGAGAAAUAUUCAAU